AUGGAUUUAAAUUAUCUUGUAGGAAAUAAUUUAAGGCACACUCAAAGAUUUGAAGAACUUGAAUGCACCAUGAACUCCCUAUUUGCUAUGUCCAGCGACCUUUUUUCAGUAAUGAACGAUCUUAAGCUCAGCUUAAGAAAUUCUGCAGAAUUCUUUAUGAGGCUUAAAUAUAUCCAUGAUGCAUCUCAAGGAAGUAAUCUUGCAGAAAAUAUCCAAAUUUAUGAAAAUAACAAAACUCUACCUACAAGACUUAUUGUUCAGAAUAAAGAGACAGGAAAUAAACUAUAUUUUAGAAUUAUUCCAGGCCAAGGAUCAGUCAGAAAAGGGAACAUUCUUUAUAAAUGUGAAGAAUGCCAAGAAGAUACUGCAAUAAAAAGAUUCGAUACUAAAAGGCAUAUAUUUGCCAAACAUAAAAAUCUUAAUUAA